CCGCAACACACGAUGACUCGCUUAAACCCCUCUCCAGUUUCAGAGGCUCCCAUCUUCUUGUGCACUCCAACCCUCCGUACUCUCCAGCAGCUGCUUUUGUCCAGCUAGUGGGUUCUCAUCUGAACUGGACUUGUGCAAGAGACUCUGGAAACCAGCCAGCACCACACCGCGCACGGCUCAGCCCUGGCCCGCCUCACUCACCAGCUAAAGUUGUGCGAACGUUUCACACCUCUGCCUGCUUGCGUCAGGAGCUCCGAGGUGAACCUCCGCCCCACCGGCGUCCUGAGCCUGCUCAAGCUCCAACAAAACAGGUCGUAGAGACUCCUGGGGGAAAAAAGUCUUUACGCCAAAAGAUUGUGGAUGAACUGAAGCACUAUUACAAUGGAUUCCACUUGCUUUGGAUUGACACCAAGGUGGCUGCCAGGAUGGUGUGGAGGCUGUUACACGGUCAGGUCCUCACGAGGAGGGAGAGACGAAGGCUGCUGAGAACCUGCGCAGAUCUCUUCCGGCUGGUGCCCUUCCUGGUGUUUGUCAUUGUCCCCUUCAUGGAAUUUCUGUUACCUGUUUUCUUGAAACUCUUCCCUGAAAUGCUGCCCUCGACAUUUGAGACAGAGUCAAAGAAGGAAGAAAAGCAGAAGAAGAAAUUAAAUGCAAAGCUGGAGUUAGCAAAGUUCCUACAGGAGACCAUUGCAGAGAUGGCCAAAAGGAACAAAGCAGAUACAGGACAAGGAAAACAAUUCUCUUCCUAUGUGCACCAGAUCCGUCACACCGGCCAUCAGCCCAGCACCCAGGAAAUCGUGCGCUUCUCCAAGCUGUUUGAGGAUGAGCUGACCCUGGAGCACUUGGAACGGCCACAGCUGGUAGCUCUUUGCAAAUUGCUGGAGCUGCAGCCCAUUGGCACCAACAAUCUGCUCCGCUUUCAGCUUCUGCUGAGACUCAGAACCAUCAAGGCAGAUGAUGAAAUGAUUGCCAAGGAAGGAGUCAAUGGCCUAAGCGUGUCUGAACUGCAGAGCGCGUGCAGAGCCAGAGGAAUGCGAUCGUUGGGUCUCUCGGAGGAGCAGCUAAAGGAACAGCUCGGACAGUGGCUGGAUCUGCAUUUAAAGGAGAAUGUUCCACCUUCUCUGCUCCUGCUUUCCCGUGCCUUGUACUUAAUAGAUGUAAAGCCACAAUCCGUUCCCGUUCCACAAAAUAAGAUAGGUGAAACUGCUGGAAUCAUGACAUCCAUUCCUGAAGGUCGAGAGACGCUGGUGGAUCCUGCCCCUGUUGUACAGGGGAGAAAGAAUGAAGAAUUUGUAUCCCAACCAACACAGAAAUUGCCGGUCACAGAAGUGUCUGUUCAGCCUCCCCAACGAGAGACUAAAAUGGAAGCAUCUCAGAGCAGCACGGCCGGCGCCAACGGAGUCUAG